AUUCCAGUUAGCUUAUUACUUGUACAAGGAGGAAGUCUUUCUCUGGCGAACUAGCCACCCAAAGACAAAUAAUUCCUGAAACAGACGAGGAUCUGGAAUAAAACACAAUAUGGAAGCGAACAGACCACAUCAAACAGCAGCUGGAGGUGCCCCUGGACCAGAAGAGGCGGCAAGAAAGACGGCAGCUGCAGCCCAAGCAGCCAUCCACCUGCCUGAAAUUCGUUUGGUGGUGCUGGGCUGGAGGUGGCCAGGGAAGAGUCUGACGGGCAACACAAUCAUAGGCCGAGAGGAAUUUCGCCUGGAGCGAGCAGCCGAGUUCUGUGUGAAGAGGGAGACAGAGGUGCAGGGACGGCAGGUGACUGUGGUGGACACUCCAGGGUGGUUCUCCGCCCAGGACACGCCUGCAUCCUAUAAACAGGAGCUAGUGAGAGGAGCAUCUCUUUGCCCUCCAGGUCCACAUGCCUUCCUGCUGGUCAUUCCCGUGGGCAUGUUCACAGAGGUGGACCGUUCGCGCAUCGAGGAGCAUGUGAGCCUCUUUGGGGAGCGUGUGUGGAAGCAUACGAUUGUGGUUUUCACCUGGGCGGAGGUGUUGAGGACCAUUUCAAUCGAGAGGUACAUUCGCAGAGAGGGUAAGGAGCUGCAGUGGGUGCUGGAAAAGUGUAAGCGAAGGUACUUUGUCAUAAAUAACUGCAUAUUUGGGGAGCAUCCCCAAGUAGGACGCUUGAUGGAGAGGGUGGAGAAGAUAGUGGCAGACGAAGGGGGCUACUACAACGCAGAGGAGGUGGAGAAAGAGAAAAAACCUCUGGAUGAGAACCAGAACCCAGCCAAAGAGGUGCGGGAGUUGGGGGCACGACCCAAACAGAACUCUGGGGUGGAUUUGUCCAAAGCCAUGGAGGUGGAUUCGCUUCCCAGUGAGUGAUGCAAGAAAGUAAAGUUUCAAAUGUUAUAAGUUUUUUGUAGGACAUUUCUGUUAAGCAAAGACCCCAUGAAAUGAACACAAGAUUCUAACUUCCUGGAAAACACAGACUUCAUCUUGCUCAAGUAAACAAAAACUCCAAUAUCACAAUUUUGUUGCAAAAGUCCCUACAGAACAUCCUGUUUCAACAGACAAUACAUCACAUUAAACCUGCAAUAACUGAUUUUUUUAGCUACUCAGGGACAUUGAAAACAAGCUGCAAGAACAACAGUGACAUGUCAUCACCUUUUAAGUUGAUAUGGCUAAUUUGUUAGCAAACAGUUGCUUAUUUACACGCCCAGCAGUGUUAGCAUUCAUUUAGAGUCAUGCCUCUGGCCACCUGGUGAAUGUAAGUCCUAUGUUCACUCUCCUUUUAGCUGUGUUUUCAGCUUCUGUAGCAUACAAUGAGCUUUUAGGGCUUCGUGCUGCUGAAAAUAACACUAUGAAAUCUGUGGGCCAUAAAAAAAAAACAAAGUAAUGCUUAAAGACGCAAACACAGAGAGCAGAGGGUAGCAGCUUAGUCAGGUGAUGAUUCUCUGUGGGUGUGUCACUGUGACCGACCCCUUUCACGUUACAUGAUUAAAUUGAAUCCAUUGUUGUCAUAAAAUAUUGAUAUUAGCUCCUUUAAGGAAGUAAAUAUGUAAUUUCACGGGGCCUUCAAAUUAGAUGCAUUUGUUAACCUUCCCUAACACUAUCACUAUCACUGCUUUGUGCCAGGCUGGUAUGCACAGAAUUUAGAUUGCAGCAGUGAUUGUGCAUCAUGCACCUCCACACCUUUCCUGACAUUUCUCUUGUACCCUUACUCAAUCAGAUUGUCAUUUCCUCCUCCCCUCUCAAACAAAACAGUACGUCAUGCCUCCUUUUCUAACACCACGGCAGAUAAUAGUGAUAUCACAGUAUUUUAGCUAAAUGCAUGUGAACCAAGCUUGCAUAUAUGUAAAGUGGAGCCCUAUUAAUAAUGCACCGUGUGUCCAAUUCUAGAUUAACCAGACACUCUUGGCUGAUGGACCCUCUAAACCACGACUAAUGGAGCCUCUGCCUCUGCCUUACUGUACUGACGGCAAAGCUGCUUAUUUGACAAGACAGAAAAGGGUAAUUAACAGAAAUGAUGUUACUGAAUGUACAAACCAAUGUGAUUUAUUCUAUUUAUUUUUUGUGAUGCAGUAUCUUUUCACUGUGAUGAUAAAGGAGGCCUUUUCAACUUAAACACCCCUUUCUGUUCAAAGAUUUGUACUUCCCUGUUUUAACACGUAAUGAUAGUUUGCUCUUUAGCGUGGAGGAUAUCUGUUGGUUUGUAAUUUUGUGUUUAAGGACGAGUUUAUUCGAAUCAAAAACAAGGAAGCACAAGCUGUUACAUACAGUAUGUAAUGGCCGUGAUUUUUAAACCUAGUAUGUACACUCCUUAGUCAUGGCAGAUACCAAUGGCAGAACUGCACUACUAAAUUGUUACUAUAAUACUCUGUUGAAGACUGUUGAGGGAAUUGGUUUUUAUUCCCAUUUGUUGUGACCAAACUGUAAAUGCUUUUCUCAUGCUGCAAUGUUUAUUACACUCUCAGUGUACAGUUAAAAAGCACUUGAGUAGUUACUGAAUUUUGUCUGUUGCCUUAAAGCAGUGAUUUUGUUCCCUUUAAAUUGAUCUUUUAGACUUUUAUAUAACUUUGUGGCAGAGGGAUAUGUUUGAGGCGAAUGCACUCUAUUUUCAUUAAAUCUGUCAUAAUAAUUCAGAUUUAAAGUCAGUACAGAAGUGCUAGUGUUAGUUCAUGUAAGUUGAAAAGUGUCUAUAUCUAGCCUGAGCCACUUUACAAUGCUUUAUAAGUGCAUCCUGACUACUUCUCCGCAGUUUUAAAUGGGUAGUGUAUCUUUUAAAGUCUCUGCAGAAUCAGGCUUCGCUCUCUGCAGAUCUGAGCAAUGUCUCUCCAACCCAGUCCAAGAUAAAGUCUCUUUAUGUAUAAUUUGUAUGUGAUUAUCACAUCUUUCAAAUUAUUCUUAAAGCUUAAAGGUACCUUGUGGCGUUUGUGACCACUAGUAGGGCUAUGGAGCAAUGCCUGCUGUUUGAAAUGCACUUAGCAUGUUUUGUUAGAUCUCAAGGACACAUAGUCAAGUCAAGGCAUUGUUAUUUAUAUAGUGGCAAGUAAUAAGAGAAACUAUCUCAGGGCAGUUUUCGUAUAGAGCAGGUCUAGGCUGUAGUCUUUAUAAUAUUAUUUACAGAGACUCAGCAUUUCCCAUAGUGUGUUUUGGUGAGAAAAUAGUGAGUGUAAACAUAAUGUUUGUUUGUUUACUAAGCUCCACAUGGCACCUUUAAGUUUUUGUUUGUUGAAAAAUGAGAAUUGUGGUGAAAACCGCUCAUCUUCCAGCAGGGUUAGCACUCAGUAUGCAAGACUCUCCAGCACUUUGUUGUUGGAUACUGGGCACUUUCAGGUCUGCAUAUCUACAUGGCUAAUGAGCAUGAGAGCUAGGUCAAACAGUGCAAUAUUCUACAAGGCUAAAGCAACAUUUAGCACUCUUUUGCAGGCAGCCAGCUACGCCAAAUUUAGCAGCUUUUCAAAGUGACAGUGGCUCUUUCUGACAGGAUAGAGUCAUCUGCUCUGGACAGACACUCCAGCGUCGCAUGAGGAGGUGUAUAGCUGUUUUCCGAAAGGGACCCAGUUUAACGAAAAGCACAGUAACAGUGGUUACAUACUGCAGUUAACCAUGGUUGUGUGACCUAGUUGGAUCAAUCGAGUCUUGCUUUUUGUUGGGCCUCAAACCAGCAUGUGUAUCUUUGUAUAUGGGGCCCUCAUAGGAGUGGCCCAGCAGCACAAAGCAUAAACAGGUGUAUGCAGUAUUGAAUCCUUGCCUUGCAUAUCCCUCUAAAACAGAUCAGUUCACAUAUACCUGUGGCUAUAACUGUAAGCAAUACUCCUACUCCUUCUCCUUCUGCUUCUACUCCUAGUUUUAGUUUUAGUUAACCUGGGUGUGAGUUCCACAGACUCUGGUUGGAAAUCUUUGCCUUUCAACUUUUUGUUCUUUGUCAAUGUCACAGAUCAGUUUUCUAUCUUGGCUCUCAGGAUCUCGAUCUACUUGUUUUCACUCCGACAAUCAAAUCUGGACCUUUUUUUUUCCCUACCGGGACAACUGGUGAAUGUAAUCACCAGGAUGGUUGGACAGAAACCCAGCACAGUGCUAAGAGCCAAGAUUUACAACUGACUUAAAAGCCUUUGUACCGAAGGAAUGCUGUAGAUACUAUGAUUCUAUUAGUCUUUUGCGUGAAUGUAUUAUAUUCAUUACAAAGUAAAGCAGAUCCAAUGUUGUAUACUCAUAUAUGCACAACAACUGUUUUACCCAGUGUGGGUAAAUUAUGACGUGUGUGUUGCCAUUUGAAGGACCAGUGGGAAGGAUUUAAGAGGACUUAUUGGCAGAAAUAGAAACUGAAUAUUAAUAUUCAUAAUUAUGUUUUCAUCAGUGUAUAAUCACCAUUGUGUGUUUUGUUAGCUUAGAAUGAGCCCUUCAUAUCUACAUAGGAAGAGGGUCCUCUUCCACUGAGCCUGCCAUGUUGCACUACCAUGUUUCUACUGUAGCCCACAAUGGACAAACCAAACAUGGGCACUAAAGAGGGCCUUUGGCAUUUUUACCUGAAGGCCACUGUAGGAUCUCCUAUAUGCUUGGAAAGUGAGGGGUAUUCAGUCAGUUGCUUUCUGAAUCCUCACCACUAGAUGCCACUAAAUCCUACACACUGGUCCUUUAAUAGAGAAACAACACAGGAAACCAGCCUGCUAUAGACCUGAUAUACACUCAUUACUGAUAUUUUAUUUUAGAUUCAGGGGGUUGAUAGAAACACUUAAAAAUGAAAAACACGUCUGAAUGAUCACAGUUACAAACACUGCUACAGAUAUAGGCCAUACUGUAUUUGCUGAAAUGUCACUUGGCAGCAUUGUCAAUGAUAAAAGGUCCGCUAAUCAUCACCAGACAAAAAAAAAUCUAUAUAUAUAGAAUAAUUUGAUAUAGAAAUGAAAGAGUCUGGGCUAACAAAGAACAGGAGUCACCAGUAAAAAGUAACAAGGUCAGGAUAUGGCACACAUGUAUUGUAUACUGGAUGCUGACAUGCUGACUGCUCUGAAGCAUGCAACCUAAUAUAGCCACCUCUGUAGCUGUGUUUGUAAAGGUGAUUUGGUUACUUUCAAAUCCUUUUUCCUCGGGUGUUGAACCUGUUUUGUCUCCCUCCUGUGCUGCAUGGUUCUGAGUCCAGAAUGUGAAUCAAGUUACUCUUAAGAAAUUAAUGAACAAAGCUGAGUAACCUCUCUGGGCUUAUGCUCUACUCUUUGUAGGCUCUUAUUGGCCAAGACUGUUUAGAUUUGCUCGUGAAAAAAAAUCUGAAUGACUUUAUUUUAACGAGUGCUGCAUUGUUAUUUCUUUUUUUCUGUUAGGUCCAAAUAAACGUAUACUUUGA